CAGCCACAGCUUCCAGACAUCUGGUCAGUGUAUCUGGGGCCGAGUCAGGGUGGCCGUCCAUCAACAGAUAGAGUUGGGUGUCAUUGGUUGAAGGAUGUUCUGGCAGUGACAAAUGUGGAACUCAUUCGUAAAAGUUCUGUGGGUCAGUGUUGUUAGAAAUGUUACACAAUCAAUUGUCCUUUUUAUAGUUAUAUUUCCUCUAAAUGGUCUAGUGUGAUUUCUCCUGUGUAUUUGUAUAAUUUUGUGUGACACACAAACUCGCAUAACCCAUAUACCUACAUUUCUGUGUCUGUGGUUAAGCUAAAGUCAGAGACAGUUCUGUUGCAUUUGAUUUCUCAAAUGAGGAAAGAAAAAAAUGUUGUUCUUGAGCAAAAGGGUAGGUUGACACAGACAAAAAGAUCGAAUUUUUCAUAAUUUCCAUAUAGUCAGAGGAGAAAAAGUACCUCAACCCUUGGUGAUAAGCAGAGUACAUAGAGAAAUUGGGCUGUGACAAGGCCUGCCUGUGGCUUCCUCGUGAUAUAAAUACGGGUUUGUUUUUGAGGAUUCUUCACUAUUUAUCCAUCUGCUGACCUCAUCUGAUCGGAAAAGCCCCAGGCGGCGUUCCUCAUUCCUGAUGCCUGGCUCCAAGCCAUCCUCUACUCCACCUCCCCGUCCUCUACCACAGCCCAGUCCAAGAAGAGGUGCCCAGAUCCGGCCAACAGUGUUGACUUGUGCUGCACCACGCAAGCAAGAAGUCACUCACACAGAUGGCAGUGAACUGCCCCUUGUCGUCCUGCCCCCUUCUGGGUCGUUACUACCCCAGGGAGCCCAUUCAGCAAGUUCAGGCCCUGCCCCACCCCACAGGAACAUCACGGAGAAAUGGGACUGGGUUCAGUUCCCAGCCCCGCCUGCACUCCAUCCCAGAGAGAGGUCCCCUGCGAAAGGAACACCUAUGGACAACACCCCUUGCUUUCACAGCCAUGAGGAAAGAGUCAUGUGCAGAAUGCGCAGAGAGUGGCUGGUGCAAGAAGAACUGGUGAACAAAUUAGCUCUGCAGCUGGCACAAGAGAAGCAGAAACUGUUAGUCAUGCGGGCAGAGUUGGCACCUGCCUUCCUUUCACAGCAUCCAGAUGCACCAGUGCCAAUCAUUUCAUGCCAGUCUGAAGGGCCAAGGAAUGAGUUUGAGGGUUUGGAAUGCCACUCUAACAGCCAUGGAGCCCACCUCUGUUCAGAGAGAAGCCCCAGCAUAGAAUAUUACCGUCACACUCUCAACCGCCCACCUUUCACGUACGCUGCCCUUAUUCGUUGGGCCAUCUUACAAUCUCCUAAGAAGCAGCUCAGCCUGAGUGAGAUUUAUCGCUGGUUUAACAACUUUGGCUACUUCAGGCACAAUGUAACCACCUGGAAGAAUGCCAUUCGGCACAACCUGAGCUUGCACAAGUGCUUUGUGCGUGUGGAGAAUGUGAAAGGAGCCGUGUGGACGCUGGACGAGUUUGAGUACCAGAAGAAAAGGAACCAGCGUUACUCCACUUAUUCACACCCAUAUCUGGACAGCCAAGAAGCAGCAGCAGGGUCUUCUGCAACCCAAGAGAGAUUGGGCCAACCAAGAACAGAAAGGCGCAUCCACCACAGGCUGGAGUCCUCUCCGCACUUUUUGUUUCCUUAGGGACCAUGAGCUGAAGGAUCGCAGUGCAGACGUCCCCCUGCAGGCGGCCUGGCAGCGAGUGUGUGUGUGUGUGUGUGCACAUGCCCCCCCCCAAACAAGCUGGCUUAUUAUAGCCACCAGCUUUCCUCAGCAUGCACACACAACCCACAACUGAGCCUGCUUCCAGACAAGAAAG